AUGCGUUCCACCGGCUCUCGAACAGCCCUGGCGAUGCUGGCGACAAACUCCGCUUCCCCGAUUCCGUUCUUCCACCUUCUCGAGCGCCUGAAGACCACCAAGCGGGAAGGCUGGCGCCGCUUCGGUAUCACAGCAGGCGAAUCGAUCUCAGACCAUAUGUACCGUAUGUCAGUGAUGACAAUGCUCGCCCCGCCCUCGCUCGCUCCGCGACUCAAUCUGCCCCAUUGCAUGAAGAUGGCUCUCAUCCACGACAUGGCUGAAUCGCUGGUCGGCGACAUCACCCCAGUGGACAACGUGGACAAGCAAGAGAAGGCACGCCGCGAAGCCGACGUGAUGAACUACAUCACCAAGAACCUGCUGGGAGGUGUUCCUGGUGGGAUGUUGACCGGAGAUGAGGUUAUGAAGGUGUUCCAGGAGUAUGAAGAUAACGAGACGCUGGAAGCCAAGUACGUACACGAUAUCGACAAGAUGGAGCUUCUCCUGCAGAUGGUUGAAUAUGAGCGUACCCACGACCUCGAUCUGUCUGAAUUUUGCCACGUCGCGAACCGUGUCCAGCUGCCGGAAAUCAAGGAAUGGGCGGCGACAGUGCUCCAGGAGCGGGAGGCUUUCUGGAAGAAGAAGGCCGCCAAUGGAGUUCAAGCAUAA